GUCCCUCGGACACAGCUAUCACCGAUCACGGAAAAGAGCCGAAGAUGUCGGCUCGGUCAUGUGAUCAGCUGUGUCCAAUCACAGCUGAUCACAUGGGACAUUUACACUGAUCAUCAGGGCACUGAUGAUCAGUGUGCCCUGAUGAUCAGUGUAGCCCCAGCAGUGCCAGCUGUCAAUGUCCAUCAGUGCCACAUCAAUGCCACAUAUCAGUGCCUACCAGUGCACAUCAAUGCCACAUAUCAGUGCCCAUCUGAGCUGCCUUUCAGUGUCACCCAUCAGUGCCAGUCAGUGCCACCUAUCAGUGCUGCCAAUCAGUGCCACCUAUUAGUGCCAGUCAGUGCCGCCUAUCAGUGC